AAUAUAAACAAAAACAUUUCUUGAUUUGAUUUAUUUUAUAGCCAUUUAGAUUUAAGUUCUGAUUUUCAAUAACUUCUAACAUUAUAAUUAGAAAAGUAGUUUAUAGUUUGUUGUUAUUUAGUUUGCUUUUUCUUGAAGGAACCUGAGUACCCAUGCUAAGCGAGAUCCAUUAGAUGGCAGUACUGUCUUACAAUUUGAUUCUUCUUCCAGUGGCUGUUCAAAUGUGACGAGAAGACACCUAAAACCAAUUUAGCCUAUAGAGAGAACACAAAUUAAAAGUACUCCAGUUAGAUCAAUGAACAUGAAAUUAAAUACCCAGUGCUUAUGCAUUUUAAUUUUGAUUUCACUGCAUAUAAGUCAGUGUUUGGACACUUUGAUGAUUGUUAAGAAGCUGUUUGAGAAAGUCAGGAGUUCACAGAUUCAGAAAACAACCAAAAGCCUUCCUCCAUUUUCAUGGCACAAGGAGAAAGGACUGUUUGAAAGUCAUGUCAAGCUGUAUUUUCAUGGAUCAUUUAGUGAGUUUAUGCUCCGUGAAGGAUUUGAAAUAUUUGACAAUAACAAUUUUGCCACAGCUUGGAUUACAACAGCUCUUCUUGAGGUUCACCAGUUGGAAAACAAUGGAACUUACAUUGAUGAGGAGUUGAUUUUAAAUGCAGUGAAAGCCAUGGGGAACUUUGUUGAUAAAAAUAAUAAAUUCAACACAUCUGUUCAAACAUUUUGGCCCCAAACAUUUAAUGAAACUGUGGCCACAUGGCAAAGCACACCACAGAAUUUGUUGCAACUCUUUGCUCUAUUUGAUGAUAUUCCAUGGUCUGUGAUUUUAAACUUUAUUCAAAAACUGCAUUUAGCUGAUGCUGAAAUGAUAAAGAAUAUCAAACAACUGCUGCAGGAGAAGGAUACCUAUGUAAAAGCCUUCCAUAUUCCUCCUGAUUUUGAUGACACUUUUGUGAACAUUGGCUUAGGAUCACUUUUAAAAGAAAUGUCCAAGACUUUCCCUCAGAGCUUCCAGACAUGGAUGAAAAGAAAUUCAAAUUUAACAUCAAUUUUGACUGCACUUAAGAAAUAUGCUUACAGGCCCAUGUCAGAAGACAGCAAUGCUAACUCAAUAGACCCAAGGACAUAUUUCUAUAUGAGAGGUUUCUUAGAAAACGCCAGGGAUGCAGGUGACACCAUUGCUCUUGUGUCUACCUGGGUUCAUAAUAAUGAUGAAGCUAGGAAAGGAUUUUACAAAGGCAAUGUCAUGCCAUUUAAUGUCAAUAACGUUGAUAUUACUGUGGCAGCUAAUGCUAUUUAUGGUUUAACAAAUGGCAUUUUAUCAGGCAUUCUACCAAAGUCUGUAAUGGAAGAUCCUAAAAUUCAGCAAAUAUACCUGAACACAUCGGCAUUAAUUGCAUAUGAGAUCAAUACAAACCUCUCCAACAGAAGGGACUUGGCUUUGACCUACUACCCUUCAGAGUAUGAGUUCUACUGGUUUGUGUCAAGGACAUUUAGUAAACUACUGGAACAUUCCCAACAUCAAAGCCUACAUCCUAUCAUGAAGCGAGUUCAGGAGAUACUGAGAGAAGCCCUGUGUGGUAAAAUGACCACCUCUAUUUUGAUGUCCUACAAAACUGACAGUGAUGGGUCAGUGUUUUAUGACGACUUUCUCGGCGAUGGGGAUAGAUCACUUUUCAUCAAUAAAACAAUUAAAAGAGGUGAGGAUCGAAUAUUUACAACAUCUAUGGCAAUCAACGCAUUAUUAACAACAUGGACUUCCUACGAUAUUGCAAGAAAGAGGCUGACAUGGGUAAAAGGUGUGCCAACCAAAGUAGUUGAUGUGGUAAAGAGAGCUGUACAAUGGAUGUGUAGAAAUGUCCUGUCCAGAAAGUAUCGGCCUUGGAAUGCGUUCUUCUCGGGUUCAGUGAAAAGUUUUGUAAGUGUUAUUAUUUUU